AUGGGAUUUGGAUGUGGUGUUUUCAUUUUUGUCUUUCUUUUGAUCCAUUUAUACGUUCUGGUAUGUUCUCCGGUUCUUUUGGUGGCGGUCCGUGGGAAAGUGGUGAAGGGGGGGGAGAGGAUGGAUGGAAGGAGUAAAAGGAGGGCCGUCUGGUCGGCUGUAUCCACAGGUUUAAUAGAUGUCGUACCAUACACGUUUUCUCUUUUCCUUGGAUGGAUGGGGUAUUUUGGAUAGAGGGGUUGGUAUUUGCUCGUUGGUGUUGGUUGUUUAUGUGGCGGGACGUUUUUUUUUAGUGGUGUUGAAGGGUCUGGAGUUGAUGCUGAUGUUAAGUUUAUAAUGUUGUUUUCCGAG